GACACGAUGGGCGCGGACAAGCCUAACGGGGUGGUCAACUACUGCAGGCGACCUCCACAUAGACCCUUCUUCCAGAGGAUACAGUACGCUAUAUGGAAUCCGGAGGAGAGAACGUUCCUUGGACGAACUGGCAAGCGAUGGGGUGUGAUCGGUUUGAUAUAUCUGGUGAUGUACAUCUGCAUCAUCAUCUUCUUCUCCAUUUGCAUGUGUGGUCUUCUCUCUGCGAUGGACGACAGAGUACCUUAUUUUACUUUAGCUGAAUCUAUUAUUGGUGAUAAUCCAGGCAUGGGACAUAGACCCAUUUUAUAUGAAGAAGGAGCCCUUAUAUGGUAUGACGCGGAAAACGCAACCCAGAUAAAGAAAUACGUCGACAAUAUCAAUGAGUUCUUAGCGCCGUACGAAAACAGUUCCCUUCUUAUCAACAAGGGUGUCAACCAGCGGGAAUGUGGCGAUUCCAAGCCUCCUCGCAACGAGGUGUGCUCCUUCGACAUAAAUCUCUUAGGGCCAUGCUCUAAGGAAAACCACUUCGGAUUCAAAAACAGGACACCGUGCAUCAUUAUAAAACUCAACAGGAUAUUUGAUUGGAUGCCGAAUUUCUUCGACGACCCCGAGAACUUGCCGCCUGAGAUGCCACCUGACAUAAAAAACUACAUCAAUACCACAACAAGUCCUCAACAACGUCGUAAAGUGUGGGUGUCUUGUAUGGGCGAGAGGCCAGCAGACGUUGAUGCGCUGGGUCCUCUGAUGUAUUGGCCUUACCCAGGGCUGCCUGAAGUAUAUUUCCCUUUCGACAACACUCCAGGGUACCUCAGUCCCCUGGUUGCAGUGCAAUUGCUUAAGCCAACUUUGCACCAGAUUAUCAACAUCCGGUGCAGAGCUUGGGCCAAGAACAUCAGGUUCACGCAGAGCCUUAAGGAACGUCUCGGCUCCACGCACUUUGAAAUAAUGAUCGACUAAACUUAACUUAUCAAAAUAUGUAAUUACUAUUUUCAAUAAGACUUGUAAAAUUAAAUAUACAAAUGCAUUUACGAGAUCAAGCGAAACAAAAGCGAACACACAGUAAAAUUAUUUAAGUUAAAGUACUCCUGCGUAACAAUGAAGUUACUUAAUCUCAUAGUGCGGGAAAGGGGGAAAGACAAUAUUUUGAUAUGAUUUCUUCGAUGCCGAAAACGAAUCGUUGCUUUUGUUUCACUUUCGUUUGAAAGUCAAAUGUAUGAAGUGUUAAUGGCGCAAUGAUUUACGGGUCGAAUAGCGAUGUGUCGCAGGUUCGAUUCAGAGCCCUAGGACUAUUGUCAUCUCCAUUCCUAAAACGACCUUCAUGCUUACUUGGGGUAUAUAGGAAUAUUAGUAAUACCUAAAAAAUUAACCAAUGUUAAUAUUUUCUUUUACUUCGUUUGUUGUACAAGUUUUAUUGAAAGUAAGCAUAGCAUUUAAUACAAGUGCACUUAAAUGUAGAUUUAUAUAUAGCACGCGGAUUUAUUCGCGUAAAAUUUUAAGGAAGAAAUACUUUUAUAUCAAAUCCAACUGACAUAUAUUUUUCAAAUUCAACCAUGGAAUUAUGUAUGCAAAUCAGAGACAGUGAUUUUUAUUUAUUUACUAUAUCUAUGCUUAUUAAAUUAUAUAAAAAAAGAAUAAGCUGUUAGUACAGUGUGACUGGGACAUUACGUCACUUUAUAGAAAACACGUUGUCUAUGCCAUUAAAAAAAACAUUUUUCUUUUUCUUUCAUGAUGAUAUCAAACACACUUUUGCAAAAAACACUGUUUAUUCUUGUUGUGUUCUUUAAGUACGUCAAUAAAGGGAUAAUAAUCGUCAAACUUCUCGAUUCGUUAGAACAGAUACGAUUUUGAUAGUUUUUUCUAAUACAUUAUGAUUUUUUGAGUUUAAAAUGUAUAUUACCCAAAAUGUCUUUACCUUGAACUACACAUAAAAAAUAUAAUUGUAACAACUUUAACUUUAAGCAAUAUUCAGAUACACUUUUGAAGUAGUAUGUAAGUAAAUCUUUAUCACACAAUUUUCCAACAAAACACGUGCCAAUAUUAAUAAUAUUACUGAAUUUGAUACUAAAUAUUUAAAGUGAAGUUUCUUUGAAAAGUAAAAUUUAAAUUUCGAACUUGAGGGAAACUUUUCUGUGUAACUUUGAUUGAAACGUUUCUGACGCAAAAAAUUACUUCUGUUACGUAUACUAAGAUGCACACGCUUGUUUUUCCAUUCAAGGGACGCAAUUAUAUUGUAUUAAAAAUACAUUGUACCUAUUUCACUUAUUAUGUAUCUUCGUCCUUUUUUUUGAAAUAUGAUACUUGGUGUAAUUUGUAAUGAUAGAUAAUAAAAUGUGAUUGUUGUCUACGA